CGGAACUUGUAGGAAUGGUAGACGAGGCCCACACUUCCCUGGCGGCCCUUGUCAUAGCCAUCGUGGCUUUGUUCAUCGCCUCCGUCCAGCUACUGCAGCAACUCUUCGGCACUGCGGACGGCUACCGACGCUGUCAGGAAUCCAUCAUAGGUCCCUGGUCGGGACUGACGCGCCUGAGCUGGCGUUGGUCCGAGUUUCGGUUCGAGACCAAAUACACCACGCCGCUGAUCGUAUCGUACGACACAGACGAUGUAUUCAAAGAUCCCCGAAUCGUCGGCAUUAACGAUAAAGCGCCACCUAAGGAGCUGCAGCAGACGAUCCAUAACUGUGACCACGAGGUUUGCAAUCGACCGACGGCACGAUGGCGACAGAGACUUUGUGCGGUGCGUGCGCGUCGUCGCCGCUGGGUUUCGACUUCUCCCGGCGAUCAGGUUUCAUGGACUCUGUUCCUUCGUAUGAUUCAUGAACGGCAGGCGAGGUGGAGGCUAGAAGGUAGUUCUCCCGGAUCGGAGAAACAGGCGUUUGAAAUGCCCUUGAUGCCGCCGUCCACAGUAGAGCGGGACGUGGGUGUCGUGUACGUGGAAAGGUCGUGGGAUCUGAUGAUUCCUGAAGUGACGAGGCCGCUGGCGACCAGCACAUUAGGGGACAUUGUGGUCAUCGCGCAUCGCAUGGGUAUGCGCUGGCUGGACCUUCGUUUCAGCGAGGGUUUCCUACGUGCCGAGGGAAACGGACAUAGCUUGACGGCAACUCUUCUGCGGGGACUGGGACCGGUGUUCCAGUAUAGCUUCGAGAAAAAAGCGCCUGCCGUCCAGAUGCACGAGAUCAACGGCGGCGAACCAGCGUUCGAGUGGGUUCCUGGGAAGGACGCUCUCGUGCCCACGAAGGAAUCGGAUAUGAUGGCCUGUGGGAUUCUUGUCGGAGACCCGAUGUUAGGGCUGCCAAACCUCCAUCUGGCGGGCUCCGACGAUGCAGAAACGCAUCACCUAUUGAGAUUAGCAUUGAUUCGGUUCGGGGUCGACAAAAAUAUCGCGACGCGACUGUCGGAUGGCUACUCGCAAAGAGGCAUCGUGAAUGGAUGGCAGUCCCGGGCCAGUUUCGCGCUCGGAGACCUCGUCGGACUCGUGUCGCCAUUUAUUCCACUACCGGGCUCUGACAUCAACCUGAUUGUGAAUCCAAUUCGCACGUCGCAGGUUGGCUCGUCGUUUCUGUUCUGGGAAACAAGAGAGAUUUUUCUCCUUCGGCUGAAAGAGAUGGUUCAGCAACAACAAAGUGCGGACAUACCAAUUAGCGGACGAUCAAACAUAUCUAUGAUAUGCGAUUACCUUACCGAGCUGCAUGACAACUACCCCGACGACUUUUUCGAUCGAUGGGAAAACGAUCCCUACGUCAAGCAAUCGACCGGACGCACAGACGCGACGUCCUCGCACAUCAACACCGCGAAACAACGGUACAUUCAGCGUCUAUACGAGAUGCAUUCACGCACCACUCAGUAUUUCUCAGAGAGACCCGAGCAUCUCAAGUUCUUGGUGGCAGAGUAUAUCAACCUGGCAGCUGAAGCGUGGCCGCGAGCAAUCGAGAACACCCGGCAGGGCAAGGCGCGAGACACGAAGGGCAGAUUUGAAGGUCCUUGCAAUCAAUGGCAUGAGAAUGGCCACGUUCUUCUUGAUUCAUUGGAUGAAUUCAUCGAUAAAAUGCAGGGAAGGUUUGGAGGCCGAGAGGGUGCAGUGGAUGCGUGGUGGAUGAUGGUGUUGCGAGGGGUGACCUGGUAUAUGUCCGUCUGGAUCACGGUACCCACCUCGUUGGUACCUUCGUACUGCUACGCGAGCCAGUCGGUUGUAUAUCUGUCGUAGGUAGGACUUGCAUGGGGAUUAAUUGUUCCAACAAUUUGAUUGACUUAGAAGUUCAAGGCCAAACCGGGCGACAAUUGUCAGUGUGAGCUGCUGUGUGCAGCGUGAGGAUAAAGUGAAGCGAUUGAAGGGUGUGGCAGUGUGGAUAUGCAUAGACUAGCCCUUCGCUAAGAAGGGUUGACCCUGGUGCAGUGGUACGUCUGUAUACAGGGCUUUUAUUGCGACUUAAGGACCUUGAUUGUUUGGCAUUUUUCUAGCUCAUUACUACUUCAUUACUACUUCAGUUGGUUCCCUUUCUAGUAGCUGUUGGCGACCCUGGAGAGCCCCAUCAGGGAGCUGAUAUUCGGGUACAACGCAACCCUCUCCC